AUGCCUAUAAGUGUGAAGGACUUGAGGAACAUAGUGGCGAAGGAAAAGAAACUCAAGAUGAGAGGUGGGGAUGCGAAAGACAUGUUUGAUUAUUUCGAUAAGAUGACUGCCGGAAACCAGAAUUUUUUCCAUCGUUAUAGAUUAAAUUCUAAGAACCGCUUGACUGAUGUUAUGUGGGUUGAUGCAAGGAGUAGAGUAGCCUACCAAGACUUUGGGGAUGUAGUAUGUUUUGACUCCACAUAUGUCACAAACAAUUAUGAGCUUCCAUUUUCUAAUUUUGUGGGAGUCAAUCAUCAUGGGCAGACUAUUUUGCUUGGCUGUGCACUAGUGUCUCAUGAAGACACUGAAACAUUUGUUUGGUUGUUCAAAACAUGGCUCCAUUGUAUGGGAGGAAAAGCUCCUAUUAGUUUUUUGACUAAUCAAUGUGCAACAAUGAGGAGGGCUCUUGAAAUAGCUAUGCCUAUGCCAACCACUAAGCAUCGAUGGUGCUUGUGGCACAUACUUCAGAAAUUUGGCAAAAAGUUGGAAGCAGGGUUUGAGGUGAAUUGGACUUCUUCUAUAGAGUUAUAUGGACUUGGUGCAGACGAUUGGUUAAGUGGCUUGUACGACCAGAGACACAUGUGGGUCCCAGCGUACAUGAAACACUUGUUUUGGGAUGGAAUGAAGACCACACAACGUUCUGAGAGUAUCAACAACUUUUUUGAUAAGUAUGUGAAAAGGGACACCCGUUUGUAUCAGUUUGCAGAGAGCUACAUUGAUGCUAUGGAACACAGAGUUAAUACCGAGAAAGAAGCUGAUGCAAACACAUCCAUUAAUAUUAGGGAUCUGGUAACUGGUUUUCCAGCAGAAAGAGUAUUUCAAAAGUUGUACAAAGAUGCGAAGUUUUUGGAGGUUCAAGUUCAAUGCAUGAGAGUAUUAUAUAUCCAAUGGCCUAGAAGAGUUGAGUUGUCAGAAAUUGAAAUGGAACACCAUUUGGAAGACAGGGUAUGGAUUUACAUAAAGGAAAUUAGGAAGGAGAUUGUAACCGAUAAAAGGAGAACAUACACAGUGCGAUUGAAUAUCGAGACCAAACAAGCUUGUUGUGAUUGCAAGUUGUUUGAAGCCCAUGGAAUUAUUUGUAGGCAUGUGAUUAAUGUUUUUGACAGAGAGAAAAUCACCGAGGUACCGGAGUGGAUGAUACCUAGGCGUUGGCGCAAGGAUAUUCAUAGGCCGCAUACCCGUGUCAAAGUGGCUUACCAUGACCCAAGCAAAACUGAAGAAGUAUUGCGGUAUGACACCCUUUUGGUCAAGUUCGAGUCCAUUUGCUUGAAGGCUGCCACCCUCCCCGAAUAUGUGAAAAUUGCAGAUGCAACUUUAGAUCAGUUGGAAAUCCAGCUUGAUGAGAAUAUCAAAGUGAAUGCUCAGAAUAAGAAGAAUGGCCAAGAAGAUGAAGGAGAAAACCAGGAACAUACUCCUCAGUCAGUGAAUAAGGGAGAAUGCACCACAUCAAUGAACAAGGAUGGAGAAGAAGUUACUAGUUUGGAUAAUCUUGUCAUGGAUGAUGACACUCAAAUUUUCAGUACACCUGGUGCACAACAUUAG